GAUGAUUCGACAAUGGACUAUGGCUUGAAUGUAUAUUACGUGUACGGCAUGUAUGAGAAAGAUUUGGCGAAUACUCAACGCAAGCCAAGUAUGUAAGAUAUAUUGAACCGACUGUAAGUUGUAAAGAAUCCCCCAUAGUUUUCCAAUAGCCUAAAUUAUUCAAUUAAUUAGAAAAGGGUAUUACUAUUGGAAAAUCAAUUAUUGAGUUUUAAGACCUUAAUCUAUUGCACUCAUAACAUUUGCUGAUCAGAUACUACCAGAUUGUAAAGGAAAUGUACCCGCUGGAAGAGGGUGAAUCGCCCGAGAUCUACCAAGACGAGACUCAUUUGGACACAUCAGCUUUUUACCGCCAGUUCAGUCAGAACUAUUGCGAUGUCCGCGCUCUGAAUUCUUGCUUCCCCUACCAGAACGAAUACCUCGGUAAUAGCGGUCGUCUAGUGAUCACACCACUGACAGAUAGAUGCUACCUGACGUUGAUGUGCGCGAUGCACCUCAAGUUUGGUGGAGCUCCCGCCGGUCCUGCUGGCACUGGCAAGACGGAGACCACGAAGGAUCUGGCGAAGGCCCUGGCAGUUCAGUGCGUUGUGUUCAAUUGCUCCGACCAGUUGGAUUACAUGGCAAUGGGGAAGUUCUUCAAAGGAUUGGCUGCAUCUGGUGCUUGGGCUUGUUUCGACGAAUUUAACAGGAUUGACAUCGAAGUGCUUUCUGUAGUUGCUCAACAGGUGGUGACCAUUCAAAAGGCGCAAGUUGCUCGGUUAGAUAAAUUCAUGUUUGAAGGUUGUGAGCUGCCUCUAAAAGCUUCCUGUUCAGUGUUCAUCACCAUGAAUCCAGGAUAUGCGGGUCGUACGGAACUACCGGACAAUUUGAAGGCCUUGUUUCGGCCGAUAGCUAUGAUGGUACCUAACUAUACGCUCAUCGCAGAGAUCUCACUGUUCUCAUAUGGUUUUUACGAAGGCAAAAUUCUCGCUGGCAAGAUCACUACGACUUUCAGGCUCAGUUCUGAGCAGCUGUCAGCACAGGAUCAUUACGACUUCGGCAUGCGAGCGGUAAAGACCGUGAUUCUCGUCGCGGGCAACUUGAUCCGGCAGAUGCCUGAUGCUGAUGAGCGUCAGAUAGUGUUGAGAGCUUUGAGGGACGUCAAUGUGCCCAAGUUCUUGGCCGAUGACCUCAUAUUGUUUAAUGGUAUUAUUUCGGACUUGUUCCCACGAGUGGAGAUACCUAUAGUAGACUACGGUAUUAUGGAGCAGUCCAUCAGGAAUAUGCUUGUCAAGAGGGGAUAUGACGACCUGUAUACGUUCAUAUUCAAGAUAAUACAGCUUUAUGAAACGACUGUAGUGCGACAUGGCUUGAUGUUGGUAGGCCCCGCGGGCUCUGGAAAAACCAAGUGUUACGAGAUUCUACGUGAUGCUCUCACGGCGAUAAAGGGCAAACUGGCACCGGACGGGUUUCCCUUCACGCCGGUACACACUUUUGUCGUAAACCCAAAAUCCAUUACCAUGGGACAACUGUAUGGUGAAUUCGAUCUUCAGACGCACGAGUGGACGGAUGGUAUAUUGUCGAGCUUGGUCCGGUGUGGAAUAGCUGUUGAAGACUUGGAUAAGCGCUGGUAUAUCUUCGACGGACCUGUUGAUGCUGUGUGGAUUGAGAAUAUGAAUACUGUAUUAGACGACAAUAAGAAACUGUGCCUCUCCAGCGGUGAAAUUAUGAAGUUGACAGAUAGACAGAGGAUGAUAUUCGAAGUGGCUGACUUGGCGGUAGCUUCGCCCGCUACCGUUUCCCGUUGCGGAAUGGUGUAUUUAGACGCCAAAGUUGUAGGACUACCACCGCUUGUGAAUGCUUGGCUGAAGAGUAAUAUUCCACCGAUCGGUGAUGCCCUACGGAAAAUUUUACCAAACUUGAUAAACAUAUAUUUGUACCCUGCACUGGAAUUGCUGAGGUCUAAACUGCAUGAGAUUGUGAUAUCCAUCGACUCUGCUUUGGUGCUUAAGUUUCUGGAACUCUUGGACUAUCGGUUGCGGCCACUCACGGGAAAGGAUGACCGGCCGCCUCCAGGAGCUCAGUUUAUAGCGAUGUUGCCAAGACUAGCUCCAUGCUGGGUGGUUUGGGCAGUUACUUGGUCUGUUGGUGCAACUUGCGAUCACAACGGCCGCGCCAUGUUCUCUGACUUCAUGCGGUCGGUAAUGGAUGAAAACAACUUCAAACCUGCCUUCCCUAAGGAAGGAAGAGUCUAUGAUUACACUUUGCAUGAUGGUGGGUUUACUGAUCCUACCGAAGACGGCGAGCCUGCCAACCCUUACUGGUACAAUUGGAUGGCUAAUCUAGAAGAAUACGAAGUGGAUCCCGAGUGGCAAUUUGCUGAUAUUGAAGUGCCGACACUAGACAACGUUCGUAGUGCGGCGUUACUCGGCUACAAAAUAACUAAUUACAAUCACGUGAUAUGCGUGGGACCGACCGGAACUGGCAAGACGGUUACUAUUACAUCGAAGUUGUCGCGUGGACUCCAUAAGAAGUUCAUCUGCGAGUUCAUCGUGUUCUCCGCUAGGACUUCUGCGAAUCAGAUUCAGGAUGUGAUAGACGGUAAACUGGAGCGUCGACGGCGCGGAGUAUUCGGUCCUCCACCCACCAAGCGACAGGUGUUCUUCAUAGACGACCUCAAUAUGCCAGCGUUGGAAGUCUACGGGGCUCAACCGCCUAUAGAGCUCCUAAGACAAUUCAUGGACUUUUCUGGCUGGUAUGAUCGCACCAAUAUUGGUGAUUUCCGUACAUUGGUGGACGUGGGUAUAGUAGCCGCUAUGGGUCCCCCUGGUGGUGGCCGCAACCCCGUAACCAUGAGGUUGAUGAGGCACUUCCACUAUAUCUCCUUCACCGAGAUGGAGUAUGCUAGCAAGUACGCAAUAUUCAACACCAUUCUGUGCUCGUGGACUCGCUUCAUAGACAAGAACGUGAAGGUUCGCGAAGGGCCCUUCUUAAAAGCUUCCAUUGAGAUAUUUACCUCGCUGGUUGAAGAAUUAUUGCCGACACCGACUAAAUCUCACUACACAUUUAACUUGAGAGACCUCAGCAAAGUGUUCCAGGGUAUUUUGAUGAUGGACGCAAACCAAGUGAAGGACGAGGACGAUGUGAUUAGACUGUGGUAUCAUGAACAUCAGCGAGUUUAUCAAGAUCGGCUUGUGAAUCAGGACGAUCGUCAAUGGUUUAUUAAUUUACUAAAUGAGAAGAUUCGCACGGAAUUCGGAAAGAAGCCUGCGGAUGUGGUUGGUGGGCGAUUGAUGUUAUUUGGGGACUUCAUGGAUAUUGGGACCGACGACAAGAAAUACGUGGAGAUCACUGACCAGGCAGAGCUGGACGAAGUGUUGGAUCACUAUUUGAUGGAAUACAACCUGUCUACUACAGUGCCCCUGGACUUGGUUCUGUUUGAGGAUGCUAUUGCCCAUUUGUGCCGCCUAGCGCGUAUCAUGAGACAACCUAUGGCCAACGCUUUGUUGCUUGGAAUGGGUGGAUCAGGACGUCAGUCUUUGACUCGAUUAACGGCAAAUAUGGCGGAGUUGACUUGCAUACAAAUUGAAAUCACCAAGGCAUACGGGCAAACCGAAUGGCGUGAUGAUCUAAAACAGACCAUGAUGAAGGCUGGAGCGGACAAUAGAGGCAUCGUAUUUCUCUUCUCCGAUGCUCAGAUAAAAAUGGAGUCAUUCCUAGAGGACUUAAACAAUAUUCUAAGCUCCGGUGAUGUGCCUAACAUAUACGAGGCGGAAGACCUGGAUAAGAUAUACAUGUCCGUUCGCCACGCGGUAAUGGAGAUGAAUCUACCGGCUACCAAGACGAAUUUAUUCGCGUGUUACCAGCGAAGAGUGAGGAGUAAUCUACAUAUGGUGGUUGUCAUGAGUCCAGUUGGCGAGAUAUUCCGUGCACGUCUACGUCAAUUCCCGUCGUUGGUAAAUUGCUGUACCAUAGAUUGGUUCAGCGAAUGGCCGAAGACAGCGCUAGAAUCGGUUGCGAAUCAUUUCUUUGACAACAUGGUCGAACUGCAGACGACUGAUGAGGUCAUUGAAGCUAUGGUGUCGGUAUGCUGCUUCGCCCACCAAUCUGUGGUGGAAGCGAGUGCUUUGUUCCUCGCCCGUCUCAAUCGUCUUAACUACGUGACGCCGAUGUCUUAUAUGGAGAUGCUUGGCGCGUAUGCGGAGAUGUUUCGCAAGAAGCGAGCGGCUAUAUUGACAGAGUCUAAUGCACUCAAAACUGGAUUGAACAAACUAAAUCAGACGGAGGUUGAAGUGAAACAGCUACAGAUAGAACUUGCAGAGCUGAAGCCGAUGAUGGAGAAGGCAGCAGCCGAGACCAGACAGGUCAUUGAGCAGAUCGCCAUCGAUACGGCUAUUGCGGAAGAGGCACGUAUUAAAGUUGAACGUGAACAGGCGAUAGCUGAGAAAAUGGCCAAGGAAACCACAGCUAUGGCUGAAGAUGCACAAAGGGAUUUGGAUGAGGCGAUGCCAGCGCUUCGUGCAGCUGAGAAAGCACUACAAGAACUAAAUCGUAACGAUAUCGUUGAAGUGAAGGCGAUGAAGAAGCCACCAGCUGGAGUUGUGCUCGUCAUCGAAUCGCUUUGUGUCGUCUUUGAUAUUAAACCGAUUAAGGAACCUGGGCCAUCCUUCGGUGAGAAGAUACUGAACUACUGGAAGCCAGGAUCGCAAAUGUUAGCAGACCCCACCGCAUUUCUAGACUCGCUAAUGAAGUUCGACAAAGACACCAUAACCGAAGACAUGAUCAAGAAGCUUAAGAGAUUUAUACAGAACCCGGACUAUGAACCAAUGAAGAUCCUCAAGGUUUCCAAAGCCUGCCAGUCGCUUUGCAUGUGGGUACACGCCAUGUAUAAGUUCUACCACGUGAAUAAAGCGGUUGCGCCCAAGAAGGAAGCUUUGGAUCGCGCCACUAAAGAAUUGGCCGCUGUCGAAGCGAUGUUGGCAAACGCAAAGGCGAAGAUGCAAGCAUUGUUGGAAGGCAUAGCAAAGUUGAACGCUUACCUUCAGGAGAAGGAGGAGGAGAAACGGAAGAUGGAGGAAGACAUCAAUCUGUGUCUCGCACGAAUGGACCGCGCUAAUAGGCUAUUGAAUGGUUUGUCGAGUGAGCGUGUCCGCUGGAUCAGCACAAUCAAGAAGUUGGACGUGGAUAUAGUCAAUUUGAUCGGAGAUAUUCUUAUUAGCGCCUGUGCUGUUGGCUAUAUUACACCAUUUACUGACGAGUUCAGGAGGGAAUUGCUCUCUCAGUGGAUGACCCAUAUGGAGGAAGUUGCGGUGCCUCAUACUAGUGGUGCUACGCCUUUGUCCAUUCUUGGUGAUGCUGUGUUAAUUAGGAAUUGGCAAAUGUACGGUCUACCUCGGGACCCUCUCUCUGUGGAGUCAGCUGUACUGAUGUCGAAUUCCAGACGUUGGCCGCUCAUUAUCGAUCCUCAGACUCAAGCAAAUAAAUGGAUUCGAGCUAUGGGUAAAAUCGAAGGUCUGGUGGUAUGUAAGCCUAACGACAGAGAUUUAUUGAGGAACUUUGAGUCGGCGCUUCGUUUCGGUAAACCGAUUUUGUUGGAGAACGUUGGACAAGAGCUGGACCCUGCCUUGGAUCCUGUGUUGAAGCGGCAAUACUUUCGUCAAGCCGGGCAGUUAGUAUUGAAACUGGGCGACUCGCUGAUUCCAUAUAUGGCUGGCUUUAGACUAUACAUUACCACCAAGUUGCCCAAUCCAAAAUAUACCCCCGAAGCUUCUGUCAAAGUGCAAAUCGUUAACUUUGCGCUCGUACCAAGUGGUCUAGCCGAACAGUUGCUCUCCAUCGUGGUAGCUCAAGAGCGCCCUGAUUUGGAAGAGUUGCGUGGUCAGCUAAUCGUGUCGAGAGCCCAAAUGGCUUCUCAAUUGGCGGAAAUGCAAGCGGACAUAUUGUACGGUCUAUCGAAUAGUGAAGGAUCGCCGGUGGACGAUCUACCCCUCAUCCUGACCUUGGAAGCCAUCAAGAUAAAGAGCGCGGAGAUCCUUGUAAAAGUAGAAGAUAUUGAGAAAACAACUACAGAAAUAGAGAUUGCUCGUGAAGACUAUAUCCCUGUCGCCAAUCGCGGGCAGAUUCUGUUCUUUUGCCUAUCGGGCAUGGCCAACGUCGACCCAAUGUAUCAAUACUCUUUGGAAUGGUUUGUCAAGUUGUUCAUAAGGAGUAUGGCAGAGACGGAACCUAAUGAGGCAAUAAUGGAACGCGUGGAGACUAUCAUUGACCAUUUCACAUUUUUGCUGUAUACGAAUGUGUGUCGGAGUCUAUUUGAACGUCACAAACUAUUGUUUGCGUUCUUAUUGUGUGCUCGAAUACUGCUUGACCGUCAUAUUAUACGGCAACAGGAGUUUGACUUUCUGUUAAACGGCGCGAAGAUUGAAGAGGAAUUAGAGAACCCCGAACCCAAAUGGAUAUCGCCACGUAUGUGGCUGGAUAUGCAGCAGCUAGCUUCACUGCAAACUAUGAAACAAUUCGUCUUAGAUGACUUUCUACAGCAAAUCAAGUUCUUCAAGACUUACUACGAUUCUUACAAUCCGCAAAGAUUACCUUUCCCGAAACCUUUGGAUUCGCAACUGGAUGCCUUUCAAAAAUUACUUGUGCUCAAGUGUCUACGACCAGAUAAAUUAGUACCUGGGUUGCAGGACUAUGUAGUGGCGGGUAUGGGAGCUCGUUUCGUAGAGCCGCAACCGGCUGACCUGGCCGCUUUGUACGCAGAGUCUGAUCCGUUGGCUCCAAUCAUCUUCGUACUCUCCACUGGCACCGACCCUGCCGCUGACCUACUGAAGUUUGCGGACAAGAUGAAGAUGGGGAAGCGAUUUGAAAGCAUCUCAUUAGGACAAGGUCAGGGUCCACUAGCGGAGAACAUGAUGAGAAUCGGUUGUGAUUUUGGCAAUUGGGUGUUUUUCCAGAAUUGUCACCUGUCUCCAUCUUGGAUGCCCGUACUGGAGUUGAACGUGGAGCAUAUUCAACCGGAGUUAGUGCAUAAGGACUUUCGUCUUUGGUUAACAUCGACACCUUCACCGCAGUUUCCUGUCGCCUUACUGCAGAAUGGAUACAAAAUGACAGUUGAACCCCCCAGAGGGAUCAAGGCGAAUUUGCUAAAGGCCUACAUGAAUCAAGUUCCUGACUUCAUGGAUUAUUUCAACUCUAAUGACAGCAAAGUUCCUAAUUUUAAGUGGCUACUGUUCUCUCUAUGUCUGUUCCACGGAGUUGUUUUGGAACGACGCAAGUUUGGCCCCCUUGGGUUCAAUAUUCCGUAUGAGUUUACCGAUGGGGACCUAAGAAUCUGCAUUUCUCAGCUGCACAUGUUCCUUACUGAAUAUACCGAGGUACCGCUCAAGAUGUUAACUUACACCGCGGGCCACAUUAACUAUGGUGGACGCGUAACAGACGAUUGGGAUAGGCGCUGUCUGCUAUGCCUUCUCGCCGACUAUUACUCUACCAGUGUUCUCAGUGAUCGCUUCAUGUUCGACGAAAGUGGAGCCUAUAAACAACAACCAUCUGCGGCUAACAUAGAAGACUAUACGAAGUACAUCCGAACUUUGCCCUUGAACGAUGACCCUUCACUUUUCGGUCUUCACAGCAACGCCAACAUCAGCUACGCCAUGUCUGAAACUAAUACUUGCAUCAAUACACUGCGUAAUCUUCAGCCAAAGGAAGUAGCUGGAGGCGGUGGUAUGACCGCUGAAGAAAUGACUGAGCAGGCGGCUAAAGAAAUAUUACAGGUGCUGCCAGCAGAGCUAGAUUUGAAGUACAUCGCUUCAACUUACCCAGUGUCGUAUAAAGAGUCACUCAAUACCGUGUUGAUUCAAGAAGCAAUACGAUACAAUCGCCUUUUGGUUGCAAUCAUGAAUUCUCUCAGAGAUUUGUUGAAAGCACUCAAAGGAUUGGUAGUGAUGUCGGAAGCUUUGGAAAGUAUGGCUUCAAGUUUGGCCCGAAAUGCUGUGCCUGCCAUGUGGAGCUCUAAGGCUUACCCUUCACUCAAACCACUAGCGGCGUGGGUGAAAGACCUUUGCUUGCGCGUAGAGUUUAUGCAGCAAUGGGUGGAUGGUGGUAUCCCGAAAGUAUUCUGGAUAUCCGGGUUCUUCUUCCCGCAGGCGUUCCUCACGGGCGCUCUGCAGAAUUACGCGAGGAAACACGUGAUUGCCAUCGAUACUAUCGCUUACGCGUUCGAAGCUCUCGCUGUCGCACCAGCCAAACGGGCUGAAGACGGAUGCUGCGUACGUGGAUUGUAUUUAGAAGGAGCGAGGUGGAACAUGGGCGAUAUGACUUUAGAAGAGAGCAGGCCUAAAGAGUUGCAUACAGAAAUGGCAAUUAUCUACAUGAAACCCGAACAAAAUCACAAGUUGCAGCAAGGCCUAUACGAGUGUCCCACAUACAAGACCUUGCUAAGGGCCGGUACUUUGUCCACUACUGGACACUCUACCAACUACGUGAUGACUAUAGAAUUGGCCACGCAUAAACCUCAAGCGCAUUGGAUCAAGCGAGGAGUGGCGUUGUUUUGCGCACUAGAUUAUUAAAGCUAGUUUUAAUUAGCAUAGAUCUAUUAAAAUAUGUACUUGUUUAAAUGAAAUCAAUUGUUUUAUUGCUGCCG